AUGGGGAAUUGUCUAAGGCAUGAGUCAGAAACGCACUGGUCUGGUGAAGAUUGGGAUGAUGAUUUCAUCACAGAACAUGAAGAAGAACAAGAUCAUCAUCAUCAUAGCUCCAAGACGACAUCCAUUAAGGCUAGUAAAACAGUAAUUGUCACGCAAGACAGUAAAUCAUCUCAUCAUGAGAUAAAGAUCAGGCUCACGAAGAAGCAACUCCAGGAUCUACUGAAUCAAGUCAACGUCCAUGACCUGACCGGUUCUGAUCGUAAAACUGAAGAAGGCAACCAUCACCGGUUAUGGACACCGGUUCUGCACAGCAUACCGGAGGUUUAA